AUGUUUGGCCAGCUCUGCAGUGGAAACGCCAAGAACAGGAAGAGGACCUCUGAUACAUGGGGACAAGGACACUACGGGGCCCGGCGAGGAGACAGAGUCCAUAACGGACUGGACGUGGCGUGUGCGGACGGGGCUGUUGUCUACGCACCCUUCGACGUCAAGCUGAACGGCAAAGUCAUCGUUUACACCGACUCCAAGAAGACAGCCAUCAACAACGGCAUCAACCUCAGUGGGGAAGGCCUGUGCUUCAAGCUGUUCUACGUGAACCCAGACAGAGUGUCUGGAGAGGUGAGGAAGGGCCAGAGGCUGGGCGUCAUGCUGCCCAUGCAGUCCGUCUACCCGGGCAUCACCUCACACAUCCACGUCCAGAUGUGCAACAAGUCUGACCCCACCAAGUACUUCUGA